AUGCAAAAAAAGCCAAGAAAGAAUUUGCUUAUUCAGCGACUAAAUUACAUGAGAGAAAAAUAAAAUGAUAUCUAUUAGAAGAUUCUAAAUGAUGAAAUGAAAGUAGAUAUCCAAGAAGCUUUAAAAAUGAGUAUUAAAGAUGAGAAUAAUCAGCUUAAACCAUUUAGAAGAGAUUAAUUAUAAAUAAAAAGAAAAUCUUAAAAUAAACCAGAAAUAGUUAUUGAAUAGAUUAACACUGUAUUUUAAAUUAAAACAUUUAGCACCUAAAAUAAUUAUACUCCUAAGAAUGUUAUUGUUUAGAAAUUAAAAAGAAAGUAAAAAGAUUGUUAAAAACAGGAGAUUUUUGUGAUUUAAAUAUUAAUUGGUAUAUGAUUGAAGUAAUUAAGGGUCUUACUAGAAUUAUCAGGUGCCAGAGUCAUUAAAUUGUAAAAUAAGGGAGUUUUUAUUAAAUUAUUUGAAUAAAAGGAUAAAUAUCCUCCAGAACUAUUUGAACCUAUCUAUUUAGUAAAUUAUCUUUUCAUUUAUUAGGAUUCUGUUAGAACUUUAAAUAAUAUUGAUUUAACAAAAAAAAAAUAAAUUGAAAAAUAAAUUGAAACAGUUCUAAUAGCUUAUUCCAUCAGAAAUCCAGAAAUUGGAUAUUGCUAAGGAUAAAACUUUAUUAUUAAUUAUUUCAUCAAUAUAUUAAAAUUUGAUUUAGAUGAUGCUUUUUGGAUUUUUACUUAAAUAUUAGAGACAAUAAUGCCAAUAGAUUAUUAUACAAAUAUUUUGAGUGCUUUGACAGAUUAAUAAAUAUUGGACUAUUAUAUUUAAGAAUAUAUUCCAGAAUUAAGAACACAUUUUCAAAAAAUUAACCUUUAAUCUGAUUUUUUUACAGUUCAAUGGUAUUUAUGUAUAUUUACAAAUCAAAUCAAGCCAUAAGUAUCUUAUUAUAAUAAUUAAGCUAACCAAUUUUAUUAUGUUAAUGUUAUUUAUCGAUGGAAUAAAGGCUUUGACUAUUAGUGCCCUAAUUCUACUUAUUUUAUUGAAAAAUGAAUUGUUAAAGUUUGACUAAUUUAGUAAAUUAUUUUUUAUAUUAAAUAGCGGAUGCAAUUAACUAUAUUUAACAAUAUGUAGAUAUUUAUUGUGAUGUCGAAAUAUUUAAAUAUCAUUACUUCCAAAUAAAAAUUAAAAAAGAAGCCUUUUACUUUGCAAGAGAAGAAAUUAGAGCAUAAUUAAUUUGUAUUUUAUAAUUCAUAAAUUAAGAAAAGCAUUAGAAUGCAAUAACAGAGAAAUAGUAAUUAGAAAUUGAAAAAAUUCCACCUUGUCCAAAAGAUUUAUAAGUUUGUAAUUAAGUGCUAUUGUCUAAUUAAUUUUUGAGAAAGUCUUCUUCCUUUUAUGUUUAUAAACAUAAAGAUCCUCCUGUGAUUAUAAAGAAUUAUUGGGACGGCAACAUCUUUCCAGAAAUUUAGAAAUCUCAUGAACUUUUAAUAUUGAGAUAAGAACAUAUUUGUAUGAGAAAAAAUUCAUUAUGA